AUGUCCAACGACACGGGCGGCGCCGACCCGCCAAAGAAGCGAUACAGGCGCGAGGAGAAGUCUUCGGAGUCCGAAGAGGAGCUAGACAACUACGAGCCGUAUGUACCAGUCAAGGAGCGGAAGAAACAGAAGCUUCUGAAGCUCGGGCGCCUGGGGCAGGUAGCGGCGGAGGCGACAGCCGAAACGAAAAGCUCCAGCGACAACGAUCCAGAUGACGAUGCAUCCCAAGAAGAGUGGGGACGCCGUUACAAUGUGUCGUUGUUGGACCAACACAGCGAACUGAAGAGGUUGGCAGAGGCCAGGGCAUUAUCAGCAGCAGAGAGGCAAGCCAGGGAGGAGCAGCACAUCCUGGAGAGUGUUGCACAAAGCAAAGCUUUGAUGGGUGUUGCCGAGUUAGCCAAAGGCAUACAGUACGAAGAUCCUAUCAAGACUUCUUGGAGGCCGCCUCGUUCAGUUCUAGAGCGACCGCCGGAGAAGAACGAUCUGAUCAGACACCAAAUGAGGAUUCUGGUGGAGGGCGAGGACGUGCCUCCACCGAUCAGGACAUUCCAGCACAUGAAAUUCCCUAAAGGUAUCCUCAGAGGUUUAGACGCCAAGGGAAUUAAGAAACCAACACCAAUCCAGGUCCAGGGUAUUCCCGCUGUGCUGAGUGGGAGGGACAUGAUUGGUAUCGCCUUCACCGGCUCAGGGAAAACCCUGGUCUUCAUCCUGCCCAUUAUUAUGCUGUGCCUCGAACAGGAAAUUAAGAUGCCUUUUAUAAGAAAUGAGGGUCCCUACGGGCUGGUAAUCUGCCCAUCGCGCGAGCUGGCGAAGCAGACCCACGACAUCAUCCAGCACUUCGUGAAGCACAUCAAGAUGAGCGGAAACCCUGAGAUAAGGACCUGCCUUGCUAUUGGAGGUGUUGCUGUAUCUGAGUGCAUGGAGGUUGUGCAGAGGGGAGUUCAUAUUAUGGUGGCAACACCUGGCAGGUUGAUGGACAUGCUCGACAAGAAAAUGGUGCGUCUGAACGUGUGCCGCUACCUGGUGAUGGACGAGGCGGACAGGAUGAUCGACAUGGGCUUCGAGGAGGACGUGAGGACCAUCUUCUCGUACUUCGCCGGCCAGCGGCAGACGCUGCUGUUCAGCGCCACCAUGCCGAGGAAGAUACAGAACUUCGCCAGGUCGGCGCUGGUGAAGCCGGUGACGGUGAACGUGGGCCGGGCGGGCGCGGCGUCGCUUAACGUCCGCCAGGAGUUGGAGCCGGUGAAGGCGGAGGCGCGCACCGUGCACCUGCUGCACUGCCUCCAGAAGACCCCGCCGCCGGUGCUGGUCUUCGCCGAGAGGAAGCAGGACGUGGACGCCAUACACGAGUACCUGCUGCUCAAGGGGGUCGAGGCUGUCGCCAUCCACGGAGGGAAGGACCAGGAGGAGAGGUCCAGGGCAGUGGAGGCAUUCCGCAGGGGCGAGAAGGACGUGCUGGUCGCGACAGACGUGGCCAGCAAGGGUUUGGACUUCGCCAACAUCCAGCACGUGAUCAACUACGACAUGCCGGAGGACAUUGAGAACUACGUGCACCGGAUCGGGAGGACGGGCCGUGCUGGGGGCGAGGGCGUGGCCACCACACUCCUCGGCCGGGCGGCUGAUGACAGCGUGCUGAGGGACCUGGCCCACCUGCUGCGCGAGGCCGGACAGAAGGUGCCAUCUUUCCUGCUGGAGAUGAUCGGGGAACCGGACGUGCCUGCUGCAGACGGCCAGGGCUGCUCGUACUGCGGUGGCUUGGGGCACAGGAUCACAGAAUGCCCGAAGCUGGAGGCUGUGCAGAACAAGCAGGCUUCGAACAUCGGACGUCGGGACUACCUUGCCAAUACAGCGGCGGACUAU